AUGAAAGCAAUGCUUUUAAACAUCAAGUAGAAGUUAGAAAGAAAUUAAGCUUUGAACAAAAAGUAGAAAUCAGAGUUUAGUAGCAAUUAUUGCAUUAAGAUUUAGGAAAUAGUUGAAUAAAUUAAUAGAUUUGACAUUAAUGUUGAUUUAAAAUACAUUAAAAACAUAAUGUUUGAGGAAAACUUUGAAAACAAAUUAAUUUUCAAAUAUCAGUUUCCUUUAAAUUUAAAUAUUACAACAAACUUAAUACACAUGUAUAAUUUGUUUUUGGUAUUUGGCACGCAAGAAGGAAUUAUCCAUGUAUUUGAUAUUUAGAAAACAAAAAUCAUAAUUACUCAAAAGAUUUCUUAAUUUGGGCUAGUUGUUUUAGUGAAAGACCCAAGAAGAUCUGAUUAUUUCUUUAUCUCUGGAUAUGAUGGAAAUAUAAUUGAAUUUUAGCUUUAGAUAACCUUACCUGAAAAUAGAAAUUUUAAAUCUAUUGAAUCUAUAAAUUAGAAUAUUGUUUAAAUAAACAAUCAAUUUUCUAGUUAAGUUAGUAGAAAUCUUCGAGGUGUUAAUAAUCAGUAUUUUAAUGAAGAAUAAAUGUUAAUAGAAAAUCAAAUAAACUAGUUUGGUAAUAAAAAUAGCAAAACACAAUCAAGUAAUUAAGAUUUAUUUUAUUCAUAGAUAGAUGUUAAUUUAAAACGCAAAAGGACUUUUUCAAAUAGAAAGUAAAUUUGUAGGUUGAUUACAUUCUAAAAUGGAAAAUUUUUAGUAGCUGGAGUUGGAAAAAAAAUAGUUGUUUGGAAUAUCAUUACUGGAAAAAUUUUUCAAAGGCUGAAGGGAUACCAUUCAUCUUAGGUUUAUGGGCUGGAGACCAUACUUUAUGAUAAAUACAUAUUGAGCAUUUCCAAAGGAACAAUAAAUAUGUUUGAUAUAACCAGAGUAGACAAUCCUUUAGUUAUCUAAAAAAGAAUAGCAGGAAAUUAGCUCUUUACUAGAGUCAAAAAAAUCUCAGAGUAUGAGUUUUUGGUGAUGAUUUUCCCAAAAAAGAUUGCUUUUUUUAAAAUAUUUGAAGAUGAGUAAUUUUCUUAGAACACAACAAAGACUAGCUCGUUCUAAAGUUUAGAUGAGAUCCAAAAGCAGAAUAUUUAAAAUCACCAAGACUCAUAUGAUAAUCUACAACAGUUAAUAUUUGAUGAUAUGAAAAGCUUCAAAGAAUACUCAUAAUAGUCUUAAAAACAAGUUAAAAAAAACAAAAAUAUCUCAAUUGUCACCUUAAAAAAAUAAGAAAUAAUCAAAACAGGAGAAAUAAAAUUCACACCUGAUCUAGCAUACAAUAUAAAUGUGUUUGACAAUUACUUCUUCAACAUCUCAGGAGAUUAUGAAUAUUCUAUGCUUAUAAAUCUUGUAAAUCUGAAAAGCUCCACAACAAGCAUUGAUUUGGAAAAAUCUGAUUCUAAUCUAAAAUUUGAAUCGAAUUUACGUUUUCUUUCAUACAACAACGAAAGAGUCCUAACAUCAACAGUGCUUGAAAAUGUCACUAUUUAAAACAAAUUUUAUAAGAAUGUCCUAAUAAAUAUGCCUCGAAACUCCCAUUAUGAAGGAGAAGAGAAUUUCCCCUAAUCUCUUAACAUGUGUUUCUUUGCAUGA